AUAUGAAAAGACGGUGAAGGGGUUGAAUCUCGCAGUCGGCAAGGUUCUCUUCUGACGCGCUGACGUCAACCACUCUUUGACAGCACACUUCCUGGAGUGGCGUUUGUUGUGGGAAAUCAGCACCCACCGGGCUGCUGAGCUGCUGGAGCUCACGCCACACCGACCACGACACUACCACCACCGAGUCAGCGCGCGCACACACACGCCGUCCCUCCCGUCAGCAUGCGGACCGAGCAGCUCUCCGCCGGUGUCCGGUAAGAAGCGAGCGAGCGGCGGUCGGCCGAGGACGGACGAGCUGGAAGAGCAGAUCGAGCCGCCGAUAGCACGGAGCUGUCGCGAUGUGGUGGUAGCGAAACCAUGGACAGCAGAAUAAAGGAGAAUCCAGACAGAACAUUUGAUCUGGUUGUACAGGUGGUGUGUCCAACAUCUGCAGAUAAGGAUCCAACCGUGCUUUGGAGCUUCCCCCAGGACCACACAGACCAGGAGGUCCUUCAGAUGAUACCAAAGUUCUGCUUUCCCUUUGACGUGGAAAGGAUCUCCCAGAAUCAAGUGGGGCAGAAUUUUACUUUUGUGCUGACUGACAUCGAUGGCAAGCAGAGGUUUGGUUUUUGUCGACUCACCCAAGGCUGCCGAGUCUGCAUAUGUCUUCUCAGUUAUCUCCCAUGGUUUGAAAUCUACUACAAGCUGCUCAACACACUGGCAGACUACCUAACUAAACAACAGGAAAAUGACUUGAAUGACAUGCUGAAUUCUCUCUAUGAUCUGCCUGUGCCAAAGCCCUUCACGCCAGUCAACCUGAGCGUGAAUGAGCAGUUGUAUAUUGCCACUGGGCAAGUACUGAGAGCUCGGCGAAGCAAGGAGCCGCACUCCUACUUCAUCGCCCCGGAUAUCAAUGGACUGCCAACUAUCCCUGAGAGUAGGAACCUGACAGAGUACUUUGUGGCUGUGGACGUCAACAACAUGCUCCAGCUCUAUGCAAGUAUGCUGCAUGAACGACGCAUCAUCAUUACCUCAAGCAAGCUCAGCACUUUAACUGCAUGUGUCCACGGUGCAGCUGCUCUGCUCUUUCCUAUGUACUGGCAGCACAUCUUCAUCCCUGUACUGCCCCCGCAUCUUCUGGACUACUGCUGUGCCCCCAUGCCAUACUUUGUGGGAGUUCAUCUGAGUCUCCUUGAGAGAGUACGGAGUCGCUCCCUGGAGGACGUGGUCAUUCUGAAUGUGGACACGAACACAAUGGAAAGUCCUUUUGAUGACCUGCACAACCUGCCAAGUGAUGUGGUGUCUUCUCUGAAGAGCAGGUUGAAGAAGCAAUCAACAGCCACCGGAAGCGGCGUGGCGAGGGCUUUCCUGAGAGCACAGGCCGCUCUGUUUGGAUCCUACAGAGAUGCCCUCAGAUAUAAACCCGGGGACCCUAUCACGUUCUGUGAGGAGAGCUUUGUAAACCAUCGCUCAAGCACAAUGAAGAACUUCUUGUCCAUGGCUGUCAACCUGCAGCUCUUCAAACAGUUCAUCGAUGGACGGCUGGCCAAAUUGAAUGCAGGCCGCGGUUUCACCGACAUGUUUGAAGAGGAGAUCACAGAGGGCGGCUUCUGUGGAAGUAAUUCAAGGUCUUACCAACAAUGGAUGCAUACUGUAAAGAAAGGAGGUGCUCUUCUUAAUACAGCAGUCACAAAGGCUAAAAGUCAAGCUAAGAGGGGCAUCCGGGACAUUAAGGGCAGACUUAAAGCAAGGGAGGAAGAAGAUGAGGGGUUGACGGUCUGUGCGGGGUCUCCCACCAGCACCAAGAGCCUGUCUCCAAGGAGACUGCAGAAGAUGAGACGGCAUAACUUCAACAAGUCCCCCAUGAGUGUCGGCCCUCGGGAGCUCGACGAUGACGACUUGGACAGUGCCAGCAAGAUCUCUUCAGAGGAUAGUGCCGAUGUUCGUUCAUAUAUCGAGGACAGCGAUGAUUCCUAUUCGUUAGAGCUGGAUAUCAACUCCUCCCACACAGGGCAGAUGAACCUGCUGGAGGAGAUUCUAGACUCUCUAAACACAACAGCAGAGCAGCAAGGCAAACUCAGUGCUGCAAAGAGUCUGGAUUUCUUUAAAUCCAUGGAAGAUCUAGACUACAAAGCCCCGAACAAAUCUAAGCUGUGUGGAGAGUCUAAGCCGGUGGAGAAGUGUGGCAGCGGUGGAGUCGAGGCCCCUUCAGCCUGGAAUAUGGGUCAAGAUGAUAGCGUCGUCCAUGGUAAACACCUUCCGCCAUCUCCACGCAGGCAACCCAAUAAAAGCAGCUUGAAAGGGCCCAAGAACAUCAUUGUAAGUCCUCCUCUGCACAUUUCAGCUGAAGACCACUCCCAGGAUGUCGAAGUCUCUAACACCCAGUGGAAUCCUCGACAGCCCAGUGCUGAAUUAGCCCUUCACCAUCUACAUCAAGGGCGACAACCAGGAGAUCGUUUCUCCUACGCACCAAUACUGUCCUGUGAAGUUAGACUCACUCCACCAUCACCUGUGCUCAACUACUCUCUUGUAGCGGCUCGGUCUCGAACUGUGUCAGACCCACAAGCCAACACAGAAGGUCCUCAGAGUCCGAACCAGACUGCCUCUUCUGGCAUCCUGAGGAGAAGGGGGUUGUCCAAGGAGAUGGGGAAGCAGUACCAGGGAAAGGUCCUUCAGAAGCAAAGCAGCAAGAGCAUCCAGGAGGGCCAAGAGAGCCCAAGAAACAGCCAUUCAGCUAUGCAUGUCCCACGGGACAAAGAGGUGUCUAGCGAAAGGUGUCUGGGUGAAGACAGAGGCUCCGGGACAGCUGUGGUGCAGGCUCAAGGCAACUUGGAGGAGAUUGAGUCCAUGGCUUGCCUCAGCCCAGUCCACACAAGCAUGCAUUUCUCACAAGUUCACUGCAACAACGGUCACCAGCAGGUCCAGAGCAAAGCUGCAGACGAGUCCUAACAUGGGUCAAAGGUUAAAAAGUGAAUCAGAGUGUUCAAAAGUCUACGAGCGUGUCCUCAGCUCAACACUCAGCUAUCAGGAAAAGUUACAGAUGAUAAGCAGCCGCCACCAAAGACUGCUGUUGAUCGCUCGCCGUACUGCCACGCCGUCUCUAGUGACUCUGGAUUUCUGCUCUUUUCGAUUGUUGUAUUUUACUGUUUUGUCCCAUAUUACCAUCAGGAGAGGAAUUUACUAAAAACUCCUCUGUCAGGGGUAAGAAUAAUGAAAUCGUGUGUGGGUGUGUGUGUGUUUAAACUCAGGCUGUUCCAAACAUUUCACGUGAAUUUAAUUUGCACUUAUAUAUGAACAGACAGUAUGACAUCAUCAUUAUUAUUAGCUGGUACUUAUCAUUGGAACAACAAAUAAAGACACAGUCAACGUGAACCUUUUGGGAUUAGUUACACACUGUAUGGUAUUGUUUUUCUGUCACACUGCCUUAAAAUAGACGUGAUUUAUUUUUGAUUUCUAAAUCUGUAGAGGUAAUCAAAGGUACAAAAUCAAAGGUACAAAUACAAUAUCAGAGCAUUUUAAUGUGCAAUAUUUGUUGCACAUAAUGAGCACUAUGGUUGUCUAGAUUCAGACAUGAAUUAGUGGGUUUCUGGGUUUGGAGCUUUCCAUGAUUUAUACUGGUAUUGUUACAUCAAAUCUGCAGUAUUUGAGUAUUUCAGAAAAUACUAAUCUCUGUUAAUGCUAUCAGCAGAUUAUGCUAUUAGGUUUUGUCAUGAUAACAGGUUAUCAGGUUGAUAUUAUCAACCACAGAUAGCUGUUAUUUGAACAGUUAGCGUCAUAGUUAGCAGGUAUUCUCUUAGGUUGACGGCAUCAUCCAUGGGUAUCAGAUUAUGUUCAUAUUUAGCGUCUCCAAGCCUCAGCCUCCAGUGCUGAAAAAUGAAUGUUAAAAUGUCCUACUUUACAGCAAAAAUAAACAAGCCUGUUAAAAAAAAAAAAAAAAAAAAAGUUUUGGUGUCUUUGAACAUGACAGCUGUAUGGCAGGCAGUGGUGGGCACAGCUA